CACAUCACAUGUUAACAUUUAAUACUCGGGAAAAUUUGAAGGCAUAAAAGGAAACGUUUCUUGUUACAGCAACCAGCCUGUUGUCAAUGCUUAGCUGUGAUCUGUGGAGCUACAGAGACUGCUCGCCUGACAUACUGAUAGACAGGGAAAAGCUCAUCAAACGUGCAGCUCACUUAUCAAAACUUUUAGAGUAUGAAUUUAUCCUGACGCCCCCAUGUGGAAGUUUGGAAGCCAAAAUCACCAAACAGUUGACAAUUUGGUGGUUACAGGCCUGCUGGUAGAUGCAGGGAAAACUGGUUCAAGAUGGAUCGAAGACUCGGAUGAGGAGGAUGUGUCCUAUUCUCAGUGUUAUAAGGUGUCACCUUCAACUGCCAUUUUGGAAGUCAUUGGAGCUUGGAAGUCAAUGAUUGCUCCAAUGUUGGAUGCAUAUUACUGUACUGCUUGUAAUUUGCAAAUGCUGGUUGGCAGACAGGUACCUGAUGUAAAGUUCAUCCAGAACACACAAAGCUACAUAAAUGACUUACUACAGAAGGGCUCACUGAGAUACGGGGAGAGUAUAUGUGUGGAUCCCAUCCGUAAUGCUGUCAAGCUUUUUGAGUCACAGUCGAUCAUAGAAAGUUACACCCAUGACAGUGUUCGGUUGUUGUACCUCAGCACUCACUACGACUCAGAAGAGCAGCUUAGUUCCCUGUUGCUUGAUAUUGAUAGUUUCAGAUCUUGAAUCUGCUGUGAGGGAAGGAGAAAAUUGUUAGUGUAUAUUGCUUCACCUUUUACCAGGAAAAAGAACAGCAGUGCAUUUUGAUUGUUUUACAAUUUGGAUGUUUAAGUGAGGAUUGCAUUUUUUCUAUGUUAAGAUUGAUAAGUAUGAUUAACACUGUAAAAUGUUUUCAUAAUUAUGGGUAUAUUUAUUUUUUAUGAUUUUUAUUAUUAUUGUUAUUAUUUUAUUAUUAUUAUUAUUAUUAUUAUUAUUAUUAUUAUUAUUAUUAUUAUUAUU